AUAAUUUGUAAUUACGUGUUAUUUGCCAAUUUGUAUGAAAAGUUAAAAAAAAUAUAUCUCAUGAACCGUAAGUUUCCGCAACCUAAAACUUUGCAAAACGGUUUCUUUUAGUGAGUACUAUCUACAAAAAAAAUAUGGGCAUUUAAAUCGAUGGUCCAUAUUGGAAAUUUUAUCCCGGUUUGUUGAAGAAAACGAGAAUUCAAUUCAAUUAUAUUAAAGCUAUAGGAAAUAGCAAUGGCCUUUAGUGAAGUUUGUAGAAUUUGUUUAUGCGGUAAUUUACGCAUGUUUGUACUAAAGAAUACUGGUCUUCAAAAUUUGUACAAAACAUUGACGAACACUUCCAUAGAUGAGAACGAGGGGCCCAUAAUUGUAUGUUUCACUUGUCAUGCGAGACUCAAUCGUUGCAGAAGCUUACAACAACAGGCUAUUGCGUCAAAUGCAGUUCUGGAGCAGUUGCUUGCAGGAGGGUCCAUGUCAAUACCAAAUCCGCAUGAGCCUAGAUAUGAGAUUCAAUUCACACCAAUUUGUCAUAUAGACAUCAGGCCAGUUGAGUGUGAUACAGAAAAUGAUUGUAAUGACGAAAUUUUUAGCCUUGAAUCUGUUAAAGUUGAGGAAGAGAAUAUCGAAGAUGAGAAUUCCAAAUUUGAAGAAAAUGGGAAUCAUGAAACAGAACAACACCCCAUACAAACAAAUAAGUCAAAUUCUAUUAAUUGUAACAUAAACGAUGUACGUAAAGAAAACCUGCAAAACGAUAGUCAACCAGUUAUUAUUAAUAAAGGAAACCAUCCUGCAAAGAUUAUGAAAAAGAAAAUUUUGAAACAAAAGAGUCUAAAUAUACUUACGAAAAAAACAUCAGGGGCAUCGUCAAAAGACAUUCUCUCCAAACUCAUUUCACACAGUCAUAAGACGCAAAAGAACACAGACAUCACUGCAGUUCGGACACAAGUUGAACAAACUCCAGUAGCACAACUAACGGAAAUAUUUAAUUGUGAUAUUUGCGAAUUUAAAACAUCUCGUAAACGUAAUAUUUUGGCACAUUAUAAAGCGCACGUUGCUAAACAAAUGUUCUGUUGUAAUAAUUGUGAUUAUAAAUGUACAAAUAAAAAAAAAUUGAUAUGCCAUAUGAAAAUACAUACUAGAGAAAAACCUUUUUCGUGUAAUAUCUGUGAAUAUAAAUGUAUUCGAAAAUAUAAUUUGCAAGCACAUAUGAAAAUACAUACCGGAGAAAAACCUUUUUCGUGUCAUAUCUGUGAAUAUAAAUGUAUUAGCAAAUAUAUGUUGCAAACACAUAUUAUGAGAAUACAUACUGGUGAAAAGCGCUUUUCGUGUAAUAUCUGUGAAUAUAAAUGUAUUCAAAAAAGUAACUUGUUAACACAUAUGAAAAUACAUACUGGAGAAAAACCUUUUUCGUGUAAUAUCUGUGAAUAUAAAAGUAUUAGAAAAGGUGAUUUGCAAUCACAUAUCAAAAUACAUGCCGGAGAAAAACCUUUUUCGUGUAAUAUCUGUGAAUAUAAAAGUAUUAGAAAAGGUGAUUUGCAAUCACAUAUCAAAAUACAUACUGGAGAAAAACCUUUUUCGUGUAAUAUCUGUAAAUAUCAAUGUAUUCAAAAAAGUAAUUUGCAAUCACAUAUGAAAAUACAUACUGGAGAAAAACCUUUUUCGUGUCAUAUCUGUAAAUAUCACUGUAUUCAAAAAAAUAAUUUGCAAAAACAUAUGAAAAUACACACUAGAGAAAAACCUUUUUCGUGAAACAUCUGGUAAAAUGUGAGCAUAUUAUGUAAAUAUAAAAGUGUACCAUAU